UUCCGGCGGGGAAGAGAGGGGUCGCGCGGCCAUGUUGGCGCCACCUGCAGCCCCGGAGGAUGAGCGUCAUGGCGGCGGCCUGCCCUCUGCCCAGGACCCCGGACCUGCCCACGCUGCACGACAAGUUACAGGGCUUGCUGAGCUUCCUCAGGGGCGCCCUGGCCAUUUCCAGCGCGCACACGGUGGACUUCUACACCAAGUCGGUCUGGCAGGAGCUGGUCGACCUGCCCCCUGAGAGCGUGCUGGCGGCGCUGAGGGAGUCGGCGGUGGAGGCCGAGCCGCGCGAGGCAGAGACGGGAUCAGCUGUCUUCAGACACACCAGAAGAGGGCUUGGACCCCAUUAUAGAUGCUUGUGAGUCACCAUGUGGGGACUGGGAGUUGAACUCAGAACUUGUGGAAGAGCUCUUAACCGCUGAGCCAUCUCUCCAGCACUGAGGGCCUACGUCUUGAUCCUCAGGCUGCGUGACGAGACUCUGCCGUUAGGCCUCGGGUGAGCUGCUGAGACUCAGAGUCCACCCACGAGUGACACAACCUCCAGCAACCAAGUCCCAACUACUUCAACAGAGUCAAGUCUAGUAAUGCCACUCCCUGUAGGCAAGCAUUGGAAGACAUGAUCUGUGACGCCUUUCCUGUUCAAUCUACCACAAGCUCUUUCUAAACUUGUGAGGAAAUCCAGCAGUGGAAGAGGUUAAGCAAAUUCUACAUCCCAGGGGAGAUCACAGACCUCAGCAAUUGUACAAAACGAUGCAAAUUUAAGCAUUCCUUCUAACUGGGAUUUUGUUCUCAUUUCUCUCAUUUACAGCAGUUUAAGAAUUAAUUUUUUAUAGUCUUUCUAGAUGAAUACAAGAAAAUCCUAUGUGUUAAGCAUUGACCAGAGGAUACGUUAGGUGAUAUGCACAUGUAUGUGAUGUGAUGUGUAUGAACAUGUAUGUGAUGUAUAUGCAUGUAUAUGUGAUAUGUUGUAUAUGUAUAUGUAUGUGAUGUAUAUGUAUGUGAUGUGAUAUAUAUGUACGUGUACUUGGUGUGAUGUAUAUACAUGAGAAUGUGAUGUAUAUGUGUAUAGAUAUAUGUGUGUGUGUAUAAUGUGAUACAUAUAUGAGAUGCAGCUUUUGUUUUCUCAAAUCUAGUUGUUUGUGUGUCUCAAAUCAGCUGUCAACAUUUUAAAUCCUUCUUAGCAUAUAAAGGGCAUUUUUAUUAUUUUGAAAAUUUUGUGCAUGUAUAUAGCAUGCUUUUAUCAUAUUCACCCAUCAUUACCUUGCUUUGUUCCCUCCCUCUCCUGCUUAACUCCUUGCUUUCUUCUUCCUAAUUAGCCUCCUUCCGACUUUAAUGUCUUUGUGUGUGCGCGUGCAUGCAUUCAUGCCUGUGGUGCGUCCCCCUGUGUUUAAUUAGAAUUGCUUGUAUGAGUAUGCAUGUAGCGUUAUUUACUGGAGCAUGAGCAACUUGUCAGGCUGUACCCCUGAGGAAAAUGUGUCCUCAUCUGCCAGCAAUCAUCAACUGCCAUUUUUUUACUCUUACGACAUAAAACAUGUAUGUAUCUCAGUUGUUACAUUGCUUUCAAGCUAUUCUCUCAAAUUCUGUACAAUAAAAUUCUUACUGUUUGCCCCACAGUCAAGCUGUUCUUCACUAAAACACUGUUCUUCCACAUGUUGAUGUGCUUGUGUGGUCUGUGUACAUAUGGAUAUGUAUGUUCUUGUGAGGGACGCACAUGCAUGUGGGUGUACGUGUGUGUUAUGACCUGAUAUUGAUGUUCAGUGUCUUCCUUGAUUGCUCUCCACACCCGUCGUGUGGCAGACAGGGUCUCACAUUGAACCCAGAGCUUGCCAUUUUGGCUAGUCUGGCUAGUCUGCCCUUCCAAGGAUUCCCUGCUUCCCUCUCCCACAAGCUGGAAUUAUAGCCAGGGGCUGGGUAGCUCUGUCAGCCUGAUAGAAGCUUCAGUUAUUUGGGAAGAGAAAAACCUUAAUUGAGAAGGCCCUCUUAUCAAUCAGACUGGCCUGCAGACAAGUCUGGAGGAAGUUUUCUGUAUUCAAGAAUAUUGUGGGAAGGCCCAGCUCACUGUGGGCAGUGCUUCCCUUGGGCAGGAGGUGGUCCUUGCUUGUAUAAAAAAGCAAGCUGACAGAGCCAUGAAGAGAAAGCCAGGAAGCUGUAUUUCUCCAUGGCUUCGGCUUCAAUUCCUACCUCCAGGGAUUUGACCGCUCCAGUUCUUGUCUUGAUUUCCCUUAGUGUUGGACUGACUGGGACAUAAACCCUUUCUUCCUCAAGUACGGUCUUUCCCCAUCUCAGUAGGAAGUCCCCUAGGACAGGGCGGCUCCUGUAUUCAUCUGUCUUUCUUAGGAGGGUAGAGGGUCCAGAUUGUGGUCCUCGUGGUUAUGUGGCUCAGUGCUGCUAUUGAAGUCCUCGUAGUGGCCUCAGUGAUUACAGCCACUACGGAGUCUUAGGAGAGUUCCGUAGUUGAUGAUGCUACAAUAAUGUAAGACUUCUGCUGUUGUUGCUCCUGGAAAGCUCAAAGACCAAAUUUUAAUUUGAUCUUUAAAGACAUGAUUGGAGAAAAUGCUAAAAACCAGGUUUUGUGGAGGCUGAGAGUUUAAAUAACAAAUGCAAACGAACUGUUGGAAAUGUUGCAGAGAUUGAAAGUUAAAACAUUGUUUCACUGAGCUCCCCAAAAUAUUUUGUGAAACUUCUCAGAAGCUGUUGAGUGUGGAAGCUUUUGCCCGAACUGCAAAGCACUAUUCUGUGCAAAACUUGGGACUGUGCACUCCUUCUGAGCAGUUGCUCACAGCCCUCCAAGGAAAUAAAAGGCAGAGAGUUGAUGAAAAUGUGAAGGCAAUUGAGUUUAUGAAUACAAAAAAAUCUCAUGAGGUUCAGGCAAUGUCAGAGCUAAUCUGCAGUAUUGCUGAUUACUGUGGCUUAAAGCAGAUAAUUGACGUGGGUUCUGGUAAAGGCUAUCUAAGCUCCUUUUUGUCCUUAAAAUAUGGUUUGAACGUUUAUGGCAUCGAUUCCUCAAACACUAACACUCACGGCGCGAAGGAGAGAAACAGGAAGUUGAAGAAGCAUUGGAGCCUGUAUCACCCUCACUCAAGAGCAGACGCCAACGGCUGGGCAUCAGAAAGGCCCAGAGAGUUGAAAGUGCCAAAGGGAGUGGAGUGUAAGGGGGACGCUGAGAGCGUGCAGAGGAGCAGGCUUGGGAAUCCAGACCUGUCUGCCACCGAUGGUUUGCCUGAUUUCUCAGGCUCUGCAAUUUCAGUCAUCAGAAAACAGCAAAAAAACGUGCUUGCUCAGCCAGCUGAGGAAGAAAAUUUGUAUUUUGAAGAUGCCUUUUCUCUCAUAGACUUUUUACCUGUUGAUGCCAUCGAACCUACUUCAUCACAGGUGCAGAACACAGAAAAGUCUGGACUGAGAAAAGAGAGAAGAAAUACGGCAUCCAAGGCAAGGGACUCAAGCAUAUAUUCACCACUAACCUCUUUCAUCACUGCUGAUUCACAAUUGCAUGACAUUAUUGAAGAUCUGGAGGACUGUUUAAUGGUGGGACUGCAUACCUGUGGUGACCUUGCACCCAGUACUCUGCGGAUAUUUACAUCCAAGGCUGAAGUCAAGGCAGUUUGCAGUGUGGGUUGUUGCUACCAUCUCCUAUCUGAGGAGUUUGAAAACCAGCAUAAAGAUAGAUGUGCUAACGAAAACUGGGGGUUUCCAAUGUGCCACUAUCUGAAAGAGGAGAGAUGGUGCUGCGGCCGUAAUGCAAGAAUGUCAGCAUGUUUGGCAUUGCAGCGGGUUGCAGUUGGCCAAGGGCUGCCUACUGAAUCACUCUUCUAUCGUGCUGUUCUUCAGAAUAUUAUUAAGGAUUAUUAUGGCAUCAGCAAAUGUGAACAGCACGUUGGUAAAAUUUAUUCCAAAUGUUCCUCUUUUCUGGAGUAUGUCAGAAUGUCUCUAAAGAAGCUUGGAUUAGAUGAGUCCAAGAGACACUUUCAGGAGCUUCAGAGUGUAUGCUGUGUACUCUGUAGCCGUUGGGAACAAAACCUUUUAGAUGUCUUCUAUGUCCGUUUGAUCUAUGACAGGCCUGGCUGUUCUUUAUGCCCCAUGGUUGGUUUUCUCAACGUCUCUGAAGAAAUUAUAAUGGACUACUAUGAGAAUUAUAAGCCUAGAAUGAAUGAGCUAGAGGCAUUUAAUAUGUUGAAAGUUGUUCUGGCUCCUUGCAUAGAAACACUGAUUCUUCUUGAUCGACUUUGUUACCUGAAGGAACAGGACGGUGUAGCCUGGUCUGCCCUCGUGAAGUUGUUUGACCCUGUGCAGUCGCCCAGAUGCUACGCUGUCAUUGCUCUGAAGAAGCAGUGUGAUCGUGGCUGAAGCAGAGUGCUAGACAGCCUGGCUGGGGACUUACUGCUUUCUUAAACAUUUAUAUCCUGUUAUGUAAACAUUUUAAAUCUAUAUUUUAAAUAAUAAAAUAUUGCCUAACAAAA